AAGACAAGGUGAACAACAUUGCAUUCAUACGUACACCGUCGCCAAUAAGGAGAGGGGAGGAGGGCGGGCGGCCGGCCGAGGAUGGGUCUAUCAGCAUCAGGCGCCAUGCAGUGGUGGGAUGAGUGGCAGCUGCGCGUCCUCGUGCUGGGCAGCCUCUUCGUCCAGUACCUGCUCUUCUUCUCCUCCGUGGUGCGUAGGCCUGCCCUCCCGUCUUGGUUCAGGCUGUUAUUCUGGCUCGCCUACCUAGGCGGCGACGCUCUCGCGAUAUACGCCCUGGCCACCCUCUUCAACCGCCACAAGCAGCAGGAGCAGCUCGCCGCCGGCCUGGAGGUGUUGUGGGCGCCCGUCCUCCUCAUCCACCUCGGGGGGCAGCACCUGAUCACCGCCUACAGCAUCGAAGACAACGAGCUAUGGAGGUGACAAGCCGUCACCAUGGUGUCGCAGGCAUGGUUUCUCACUACUUCCGGUGUUAUCCCGUCCAAAUUUCGAAACCUUCAUUAAUUUUGGUACACAUUAAAAUAAUGGACGCCGAUAUCCAUCACACGUGUGGUAUAUUCAAUAUGCGCUCACACAUGAUGUGUGGUGUGAGCAGGAGACAGCCCACACAGGCUGUGUGUGGACGGACAUUAGAAUUGUCCACACAUGUGGGCGCGCCUACUUCGUGCCACACGCCUAAUAAAUACUACUCAUCUCCACCCCGCGUGUGUGGCACGAAGCAAAAAAUACUCACACGUCCUGGCGCAGUAACGUUAGAUACCCUGCGGGAUGACGAUUUAGUUGCCAUCCUGAUUGGCAGAUGUAAUUAUCCGGGAUCGCAAGUGUAGUUGUAAAAACUGUUGGGGAACGUAGUAAUUUCAA